GGAGGUGUCAAAAGGUUGGACAUGUCAAGCGUGAUUUCUGUGUGAAACUGAACAAGGAUGGCGCUGGAAUGAGUGGGAGUGGACAGGAACGGUCUAAGGACCUGUUUCCACGGAAAGGAGGUCAAUUCCUGACUAACUUUGAUAAUUCUGUCCAGAAUUAUGUAUCAUUCAUUCCAGAAUCUUUUUAUGCACAGGGUGAUGACUGUGCAUGGUGGAUUGACUCGGGGGCUACGAGCCAUGUGUGUAAGGAUAAAGGAUGGUUUGAAGACCUAGAACUAAUGGAGGUCGGUUCCUUCUUACGCAUGGGAGAAGAGUCAAUGGCGCCAAUCUUGGGAAAGGGUGUAGUUGAUUUAGAAUUCACUCCUGGAAAAACAAUUACAUUGUUUGAUGUUUUGUAUGUACUGAAGGUUCGAAAGAAUCUUGUUUCGGGAAGUAUGUUGAAUAAUUUAGGGUUCAAACUAGCGAUUGAAUCCGAUAAAUAUAUUCUGUCCAAGUGUGGUGUGUUUGUUGGUUUUGAAUAUUAA